UAAAAACAAAAUGGCCACCAUUGGAAAGAGUACUUGUUAACUCAUCAUCUUCUUUGAUUCAGUUACAUUGAUUUUCGGUCAGAAUUGAACACCAACGGUGCAAAGAAUGGAGCUAAACAAGAACGCUCUGGCGUACUCUGCCACAACACUGGCUGCUACGAUGAUGAAUUCCAUCUUCAUGUUUUAUUAUGUCAAAAUUUUCCUCAACGUCUACAAGAUUUCAAACUACUGGUUCAAUGUGGCUCAAAUUGUGUUCCUUAUUUGGAAUGCCAUUAAUGACCCUUUGUUUGGAUAUUUCCAGGACAGUUCUACUUGGAUGGUCUUAAGGAAACGGCGGUUGGCUAUAUUAUAUGGUGCUCCCUUAUUUGCAGUAAGGUCUUUAUGUUCCAGGCAAGUGGCGGCUAUCAUUGGCUCACCGGCUCUGUUAGUCAGUACGAAUGUGUAUCAGAAUGAGCAAAGUAAUUUUAGGUCAUUCCAAGCAGUGUGCAUUCUAGUUGCUUUCCUCAGUUGGUUGCUUAUGAGGUACACUGGUAUGAAUGUUGAAGUGGCUGUGGAUGCAAGUGGCUCUUGCACUGUAGAAAAUCAAGAUGGAAAGACUUCAAAAGAUUCACUUCCUCUCUGUACAUUGUUAAAGCAAAUACUAACACAAAGAAGCUUUGUUUGCUUUGUGGCCAUGAAUUUCUUCCAGGUAUUUCAUGUGACAUUCUGUAGCAACUUCUUUCUCAUUUUUGCGGAGCAUCUUAUAGGACCUGGAGUCAUUCCAGCUGUGCUGUACAGUUUACUAACUGGGUCUGUCUUCUUGGUGCCUAGGCUACUUGUUUUAUUAACAAGUCCGUUAUUAGCUAAGUUUGGCUCCUACAAGGUCAUUUUGUGGUCAUUCUAUUUAAAGUUGUCACUGCCUGUGGUUGUAUUUUUGGCAGGAAGGAGUAACAUUUGGGCUCUUUACUUCUUUCUUAUCAUAGACAACUCCCUCCCAGAUGCCACAUUCUCAUUGUUUAAUCUGUCUGUUUCUGACAUUAUUGAUGCUGAUAUGGAAAAAUACCACAGAAAUGCACCUGUGUCUUCCAUGAUAUUUGGUACCAAUGCUCUCUUUACCAAGCCAGCACAGUCCUUAGCACCAAUGAUGGUGGUACACAUACUCUCGUGGUAUGGAUACAAGGACAAUCAAGGCAAUACUGAAGUCAAGGGUUCUUCAGGGGCACCAGGGCAACUUUUGGAUGCUAUGUUUUUUCUUUUGUGUAUCAUUCCUCUUAUCAUUGCCAUGAUUCAAAUUGUUGUGUGGACCUUCUAUCCUCUUAAGAGACCAAAAAAAGCUCAGGAUAUAUCCAAGAUUCUGUUGUAAAUACUUCUUAGUAGCAAGUUCAAGGUCCAUACUGUAAGUUAUAGACCAAGUUUUUUGCACUGGGAUUAAUGCCUCAAGCACAAAGUACACAGGCCAUUAAUCCAACAGAAAAAAACAAGGUUACAAACUUACAGUACAGACUUAAAAAACAAGGUUGGCAAGCUAUUUGUUACAUUUCUCAGUUCCAAUAGAGGGGAAAGAUUUAAAUUCAAACAAACUUUUGAAUUUAGUGGGCUGUACUUAGUUCAUAUUAACCGAGCGGAGGUCUGUAUGGGAGAAUCUUGACCGAGGUCGCCAGAACAGACUAAACCCAGUGAGGUCUGUACCAGCGACUGAGGUCAAGAUUCUCCCAUACAGACUGACCUAGCUCAGUUAAUAAGAUGUUUAUCAUAUGGUUGUGUCUAGAAAGCAAUGGAACAGUAGAUUCUUUGUUACUUUUUUUUCUAGACUGGUCUAGAUGCCAGACUAGAUGGGAAAAUCUAGACCGCUUUCAAUAUUGAUUUCAGCCAAUCAAAAUUAAUUUGCAAAUUCGGUAGUUCCCAGUCCUUGUGAGACACAGCCAUAAUAUUAUAGUAAAGUAAAAUACGACCCACUUAAUUGAACAAUUGUUGUGCAUGCAUUUACUGAGAGAUAUAAUAAUAUACUUAAUGGUAUGAGAGGGUUCUCUUUGUAGGCAUUUGGAGUAGAAGGGUCUUGACAAAGUCUAAACACUCUACCCCCCCUCCCCAGGAGUGACUGGCAUCUAAUUUCUCCUCACAAUAUCACCCCUGAAUCAAACAUGAAGGUCAUAGAUAUAAAGAAGGGAAUGGUCACUAGGUAAAACUCUUGAUUGUUGAACAAAUUCUCCUUGUCAGCACCUUAGGAAAUGUAUGGAGAAAAUGCAUACUGAUGAUAGGCUGUAAAAAGGGUAAAAGACUGGUGUUCUAGAGGGGUUUUUACUUAUUUUCAAAGAAAAUCAAAUGCAGGUAUUUCAAGAUCCAGGAACUUAAGGGACAAGAAACGUUUUUUCUCUAAAGUAUGUAGCCAGUUUAUGAUUAACUUAUUGCUAGAAGGAAAAAAAAGAUAAUUAAAUUGUUAAUGAUAGUUUACAACAGGGAAAAAAGUGUAAAGAUACAUCCAUUCUUUUUAUAUAAACAUCAACUCGUGACGAUGUGAAUUGAUCCAAUAGCUAUUAAUAAGGGUAGGUUUUUUUUUUGUAGGUACAAAGAUCCUCAAUGCAAAAAAAAAAACAAGUCAUUAAAUUAUUACAUGUUAAUAGCAAACAUGAGGAGGAAUAACGUAAUGAGCUGAUGAGCAUAAACUGUGGUGGAAAAAGUUUGAAUUUAAGUGUCACUCCAGUUGGCAAAUACCUGAUGUUUUUUUUUCUCUGUUUAAGAUUUGCUAGCACUGUCUUAAUGCCCAUUGACAAUGGAAACUCUGUUGCUCUAGUUAAAAUAAUUCAGCCCAAAAAAAGAUUUAUUUACUGUGCCUCUCACCCAGAUUUCUACAUGGCAGGUUAACAUUUUUUUUCUUGUGUGACUGACAUUGCCAAAAAGGAGGGACUUCUUGUAGUCUAAAAUGCCCAUUAUCCUCUUUGAUUCUCAGCUCUGUACUCAAAUUUUGAAUUGAGAAUGUUAUCCUCAACCUCUUUUAUGGAGGUCAGUUGUGAAAUGGGAAAGGUUUUUUUUUUAGCUGACUGCUGGACCCUUCUUUCAUUUGGUGACUUCAUCAUCAAGUCUUGACUCAGUCAUGAUCAUUACUUUCCAUGGUUAGAUUGAUUACCCUGGGAUUAUGAAUAAUCUUAACUGAACUUCACAUAAGUAUGCAAUGUACCGUUCCAAUUUCUAGUGCAUAACUGUGUUUGGAUACCUUACCAUACUCUAUCACACCAUCAUUGCUAUCUAAAAUCUCUUCUAACCCCAUCCCUCCUCUUUAGCCAUGAUGAAAAAUAGUAAAAAGCCAUCUGAGUAAUGGAGACCACUGAAGGCAUUGUGACUAUCAAGAUCAUUGUUAAUGAAAUCCUACCCAAGGAGCUCACAUUUGUAGAUAGAAUGCAAGUUGAAUGUCUGUAAUUUGUUUUAUUAAAGACAAACUACAGUUACUAUAACAUUGGUAUCAUGGUAUCAAAGACAGAACUUUUCCAAGUAAUAUACCUCUUAGGGAAACUAAGAAAAGGUAUCAUGAUUAUGAAUGAGGAAGCUACUUUGCCUCGCUUUUAACAUUUCUGAUGUCGAUGACUGACAACCUUAAUCAGUACUUGUCUUAGUGCUUGGAAAGUGCUGGAGACUGCACACAGCAUGGUGCUGUCCUCAAAAUAGGGACCUUACGCAGUCGGGACAGUAAUGCCAAGGAAGACAUAUAUUACAAAAAAAAUGACUACUUUUAAUUAGAAUUUCAAAAACAGCUGUGUGUGUUUACCAUCUCUUACAGUGCCACACCUCAACUUCAGUAUAAUGUAUGAAAGCAGCAUUGAGCUUCAUAUGGAAAUUAAAUAAAAGCAGUUUGCUGUCGCGGUGUCCGUUCCCAGACGACACAAA